UGACUCUGAGUUGCUUUGCGCAAAAUCCACCCCUUCUCUCUCCUCCCUCCUCUCCAGCCUCUGGAUCCCUCGCACUGUGCCCCCUCCCUUCCACCCAGCGAGCAAUGCUUUGGGAUGCUCAGGACUGCUCAGUGUACUUCUAAGGUGGGAGGGGGCUACAAGCAGAGGAGAAUAUCAGACGCUCAGGCGUUCCCUUCUGGCUGGCUGACGCUCUCCUCUGGUUCCGCCAGGGCUGGUCUGUGUAAGAAACUGACAGAGCUGAGGCAGCUGGAAGAGGAAGAGGCUGGGGAUCGUGAAACCCAAAAAGUCUUGGAGCUCUCAGUUACUGUCCACAUCGAGCCCGCAGCAGGCCUUCAGCACCAUGGACAGCCGCGCCGGCCCUGGAAACAGCAGCGACUGUUCUGACCCCUUGGCUCCCGCAAGUUGCUCCCCAGCACCUGCCUCCUGGCUCAACUUGUCCCAUGUAGAUGGCAACCAGUCCGACCCAUGCGGUCUGAACCGCACCGGGUUUGGCGGGAGCGACAGCCUGUGCCCUUCUCCCGGCAGUCCCUCCAUGGUCACAGCAAUAACCAUCAUGGCCCUCUAUUCCAUCGUGUGCGUAGUGGGCCUCUUCGGAAACUUCCUGGUCAUGUAUGUGAUAGUCAGAUACACCAAGAUGAAGACCGCCACCAACAUCUACAUUUUCAAUCUUGCUCUGGCAGAUGCCUUAGCGACCAGUACACUGCCCUUUCAGAGUGUCAACUACCUGAUGGGAACAUGGCCCUUUGGAACCAUCCUCUGCAAGAUCGUGAUCUCAAUAGAUUACUACAACAUGUUCACCAGCAUCUUCACCCUCUGCACCAUGAGCGUGGACCGCUACAUUGCCGUCUGCCACCCAGUCAAGGCCCUGGAUUUCCGUACCCCCCGAAAUGCCAAAAUUGUUAAUGUCUGCAACUGGAUCAUCUCUUCUGCCAUUGGUCUACCUGUAAUGUUCAUGGCAACCACAAAAUACAGGCAUGGGUCCAUAGAUUGCACCCUCACAUUCUCGCACCCUACCUGGUACUGGGAAAACCUGCUCAAAAUCUGUGUCUUCAUCUUCGCCUUCAUCAUGCCAGUCCUCAUCAUCACCGUGUGUUACGGACUGAUGAUCCUGCGACUCAAGAGUGUCCGCAUGCUAUCAGGCUCCAAAGAAAAGGACAGGAACCUGCGCAGGAUCACAAGGAUGGUGCUGGUGGUUGUGGCUGUGUUUAUUGUCUGCUGGACCCCCAUCCACAUCUACGUCAUCAUCAAAGCCCUGAUCACGAUCCCAGAGACCACCUUUCAGACGGUUUCCUGGCACUUCUGCAUUGCCUUGGGUUACACCAACAGCUGCCUGAACCCGGUUCUGUACGCGUUCCUGGAUGAAAACUUCAAACGAUGCUUCAGAGAAUUCUGCAUCCCGACCCCCUCCACCAUUGAACAGCAGAACUCCACUCGAAUCCGUCAGAACACUAGAGACCACCCCUCCACAGCUAAUACAGUGGAUAGAACUAACCAUCAGCUAGAAAAUCUGGAAGCAGAAACUGCCCCGUUGCCCUAACUGGGUCCCAUGCCAUCCAGAACCUCGCUGAACUUAGAAGCCACCAUCUCCUUGGAAUCAGGUUGCUGUC